AUGGGCGUGUCAUCAACAGCGCGCCUCCCGUCGCUGGGCGCACAAUCCAUCCCGCCGCUCUUCAGCCACCUGCAGCACACAUCCAACGCCAAGGUCGUCGCGCGCUGGAGCAUCACCAUCCGCUCGUUCCGCGCCGUCCCCGUCCCCUGCAAUGCGUGGCCGUCCGACUCGGGUCCCACCAACGAAGAUGCAUCAUCGUCCAGCGGUGUGCAGAUUGCAGCCUCGGCAUCGGCAGCGUCGGCAUCGGGUGCACCGCCACUCACCAAGCCCAGGACCAUGUGGCAGGUGUGGCUCUCGGACCACCCGGGUGUGGUGUUUGUGAUUGUCGAGGAUACGGGCAAGUCGUCCAGGGCCAAGGCGUGGCGCGACUGGGAGGUGGCGCUCAAGAAGUGGAAGAAGGCGCGCCGCGCAGAGAUCGAGGCCAGGAAGAGGCUUGCACAGGCUAAGCUCGAGUCGGAGAGGGAGGAUAAGCAGUCCGAAGCCGUCGAGGCGACGACUGGCUCUUCCGGAUCCGCCGCCGCUGAUCCAAAUGCCACUGCGCAAAGUUCAAACGACCAAGCGCAGCUGAUGGAAGUGGAUGCAGCCAAGACCGAGGGCGGCGACGCUGCGUCCGAACCCGCAUCGAGUGAACAUGCCAAACACGAGGAGACAGAGGAGGAGCCGAUUGCAUCCGCAGGCCCGCGGCCGAAAUUGCAGCUACCCUCGCAUACGCGCUAUACGGUUUCGGCGCUGACGGCGUCCAUGUCGGCGAUGCUGACGGGGCUGAAUCUGCCGCCUCCGCACGGUGCGCCCGUGGGCACGGCGGGGCCGGGCGCAUGGGUACCGCGCGGCGCCGCGGUCUCGAUCGAAGGCCUCGUGCUCGAGCUCAACAGCCAGAGCCUCGAUGCGCUGCCCGGCAUCUCUCCUGCGCUGGCCUCGCUCGACGCGCCUACGGACGGCGAGGGCGGCGUCGACUGGCGCGUGCGCGUCGGCAGCGUCAUGGGCGGCGGAGGCCGCAGCGCAGGCGCCGUCGUAGAGGCCGAAUUCAUCCCACCCGCUGCGGUGCUGCCCACAUCCAAGUUCAUGCAAGACUUCCUCAUGGCGUUGUUCCCACCGGGGCUUGUUCCUGCUCAGCCUGCGCAGAUUCAAGCUGCGGGCGUGGGGAAUGGUGGCGCGAGUGCGGGGGGUACUCCGCGUGGGGUGCAGGCAACACUUGCCGGGGUGGCGCAGGGCCAGGGGGGAUUCAGCUACACUAUCGGAGGCGGGAUGGAGGGCGUGCAGCCGAAUCGCAGCUUCAACAUCCCCGUGGUGUCGAAUCAGUUGUGGGAGGAGGUGGUGCCGCGCUCGGGCGAGGGCUGGCGGCAGCGCAUCAGCCAGCGUUCGCGCCAGAUGCGUGCCGCCAAGCGCCUGCAGCGUCGUCAGCGUGCAUCCCAACCGGCCUCUCAUAAUCACGCAGCGGAAUCGAAUGAUGCGUCUGGCUGGCACAGUUUCGGCACAGACGAGCCCGGCGCCGACAAGGAGUGGGAGGACGACGAGGUGUCUUCGUCCGACUCGGAGACCGACGGUGCGCUGCCCAACGGCCACGCCGGCGCGCUGGCGGGUACCGCAGUGACCAUGCAGCAGGUGGAUGAGGAUGACGACGAUGAUGAUGAUCGUCCGCUCGGCGCACCUGCCUGGACGCAGCCCAAGCCCAAUGCACCGCAGGCUGAGCCGAAGCCGCCCAAGCCCAGCGAGGACACGGUGCAGCUCAUCUUCCAGGGCUUACGGUCUGAUGCGGACGAGCAGGAGGGUGGUGACAUGGGUGCAUGGUCUGGUGUGGAGCGUGGGAGGAGAAUCGCCUUUCAGUAUGUCCAGAUGCUGCGUGCAGAAGGCAUCAUCUAG